CUUUCACGUCCACACACCACAGAGCCCUUGUUGAUGCCAACAGUCAGCUAUCCACAGCAGCCAUGCUGGAUGCUAAAUACUAGCUGUGUAGGAGGCAGACCAAGACCAAGUGCUGAAGCCAAUGACGAUGCCUGAGGGCUAACCUGGCCUGAGGGUGUCUCACGCCUGUGUCAGCAACACAAGGAGCAGGAGGGGAGAGUCCAGCGGCAGGCAGACAUCCUGAGCCUGGGAGCCAAACACUCUGCCAUUCCAUCAUCUGCUUUGUGUGUCCUCUGGCUGAGUGGUGGACCGACAGAGGACAGCAUGGCGACACGAGUGAGCGGCGUCCUGUUUGUGGCACUGACAGUGAUGUCAUGCAUGGCGACGACAAGUACAGGUGAGACAGAGGCCCUGCUGUACGCGUGUGCACAACAUGUGUUGACUACAACAGCAUCAACAGUCCACCUGGUGGUCCACUCCAGUUGCGGUGGUUGGCAAUGUCAGGUCACGGGACAGUUCAACAUGACUGUCAGUCAGGAUGUGUGCCACAAUCUGUCCAGUGUCAUGAACAUAACAGGCUGUCAACCUUCCACAAGCGAAGAACUCAGUUGCAACACCACCCUCCCGUGUUCUAACAUGACUCUAGACAUAUUCAACACAGUGGAACCUUCUUUCGCGGUCCUUUCUUUUGAAGGGCAGAACAGCAAUGUCAGUGUCGGCUGCACUCGGAAACUGGAUAACACCACACCAGGACCGACCUCUUCAGGCACCAACAACGACCUAACAUCCAAUUUGUCCCAGUCAGCUCCAAACACUACAACGUCCAUCAUGACCUCAGAGGGCGUUGAUACCCAACACAGCAUCUCCUCCACCUCCUCGUCUGCAUCCUCCACCUCCUCUGCAUCCUCCACCUCCUCUGCAUCCUUCACCUCUGCUGUCCUCAACACCACGACUACGGAAAGUACACAGGGCAUAGUGAGCUACGUGGUGCUUGCCGUUGGAGUCCUUUUUCUUGUCAUCGCAUUCAUUGUUCUAGUCUACGUAGUCCGAACUGUAAGACUCCGGGGGCAGGCAGAACAGAAGGAGAUCAAAGACUGGCAGGACAAGGCCAGGCCCAAAAAGCGAGUCAAGCAAAGGCAGGGGGCACUGGGCUCCAGCAACGCCUCCCUCAUCAGCAACCAGCACAACUACGAGGAGGUGUCUGAGGAUGGGCUGAGUGGAUCGGAUGUGAACCCCUUACAGGCCAGGAAGACGUCCAGCAGCGUGUCGCCGCCACGGGGCCACCAACAAGACCAGAGGGACAGGAACCAGUCUGGGCCCCGCACACUGGACGUCAAAGACAAAGGUCUUGACCCAGAGAAUGAUGCCAUGGUCGACGACGACUACAACGUUCUGGACCUGUGCCAGUCCGCCAGAAGGAACAGCGCCCACCAACAGAGCAGCUCGCCACAAGCGCCGGGCGCUCAGCAAGAGGAAAGCGACUACAUGGAGGUCGGCGACGGAGACGGCAUUUAUGACAACCUGAGAGAAGACACCCCUCAGGCCAAAGGUCACCAGCAAGGGGAGAGAACUACACCGCAGAUCAACGUCAGCAAAGAAAAGAAAGAUCGCCCACAGGUGGGCUGCGAUGCAGAAGUUGUGUUUCUUAACGACACAGUCGCACAGAAAAACACGUGGGCAACAGUCCAGCAAUACAGCAAAAGUUAUGAAGAUGUCACAGCUGAACCCACUUCACCCAAGGAAAUGCAAAUGAAGCAAAAGAGCUCUCGCUCUCUGGACCUAAACAAAGCUAACUACGAAAAUCACAUCGUUAGGUGCCCGCUCGGCCCUCUACAUGGUGACACUUCCACAACACGAGGCAUCAGCAAACAUCCCACUGGCACUGGUGUCAGUGACAGCCACACUCUCUUGUCACUAAAUGCCCUGCACCAGCUCGCCGGCUCCGCCAAACUCUCAGGCCAUAAGAGGAACUCGUCCAGCCCCACCAUCAUCACCGAAGGCAAACUCACAGACGCUGGUCACGAGGAUGUGAUCCUGCGCAAGAAGUCUCGCAGGCCCCACAUCAAGUCUGCCAUCCCCACCUCUGUGCCCCACCCAAAAGGUGCCACGGCCAGUUUCUUGGAGUUCCAGGAGGCGGUGCGUCACUCCAUGGAGAUCAACCCUGACGAGCUGGUUAUGAUUGAUAACAUUCUGUACGGCACGUUGCCAAGGAACAAAUCUCUCCCGACAACCGAACUAUGAGCCGCUGGAAAACACAGCACAGCGCAUCCCAAUAAAACUUAUCUAACCUUUUCAUUUAACAGCGCUUUGUAUAAAACAGUUUUUGAAGAAAACAGGGUUUUUACAGUCUUGGCCAAAGUUGAAGAAAACACUGAACAAAGUUUGACAAAACCAUAAACUGUUCACAAAUACUGAACAUGCUGCUGGGCACAAAGCACAAUGUCAUGGUGCAUGUAAUUGCUGCAGACACAAACAGUUUGUUUAAUCACGAACUAAUAUCCCUGGACUGCUUUUUUCCAGUUAACCACUAAAAUGAGGCUUCUGGUUUAGUCACAUUCUUUGUUACGGCUCACUGAGACUAACAGUGGUUCACUUCGCAAGAGGCUAAGCCUUGAUCUUGGCAGACAGCAAUCCACCUAUACACAUCCUUGGUUUAAAAUGUUUUGACGAAAAGAGGCGUUUGUAAAAUGCCAUGCUACAUAUUGGUAUCUCUCAUCUGCAUCUUGUGCACACUUGGUGUGGCUGGCUUACAGUAUACUCGCUAUACAGCAACAAUUGUGGUCGUGUAACACUGACAUUACACCGUGUACAGCAUUAGGGGGCUGCGCUCUGCUGGCAAUAUGACCGUGCAUUAUCGGAGAUUAUAGAAAAUACUGGCAUUACUUGAGGUGCAGGAUCCAGUCUACUAGCAUACUGUGACAGGAAGCAACCGAGAUCCUGUGAAUUCUGUUCAUCUACAGAAUGUCUGAAACACUAGCACAGUGAUGAAGGUACUGAUAAACACACGAUAGUUUUGAUGUCAGUAAAAUGAACUGUUUAAACUUAGUAAUGAAAGCAGGUGUCCCAACAUAACGUUAUGAUAUGACUACCGUGUUCACGUGACGUUGGUCGCGAGGUCGCAUUAAGUGAGAACAAGUGCACGUGCACUAAUAUGCCUUGCUUAUAUUGUUGGUUUACUACUGCUUUUGUCUCCAUCUGCCUCCCCCCACUCAUUGCUUCAGUAUUUAUUUCUUGUGUUUGUUGCCUGUCAGACAUCCUCCUGUAAACAAUGGUGUAAAUUAUGUCCUAAUGUGAGAAGCACAGAGAGGACCAUAAUAAUACAAACAGUACAAACUGGUAGCAGGACUCGGUGUGAACCGUACUGGUAUAAACAGUGCAGAACGAUAGUGUCAGCCUUGAUAAUUAUACAUUGGACACUUUUCAUUUUAUUUUAUUGGCUAUAAGCCCAGGGGGCAUUUUUAGUCAUAACAUCAUGAAUACUGACCCCAAGCUCGUGACUGUUACGAUAUAAACAUGUAUUUAUGAGUCCAGCUGUUUACAUUGUGGGUGACGUAACUGUAAUGUACUCCAGGUAUCAAAGAAUUUGAAAAAUUUAUAUUAAAAGUUUUCUUCUUUCACUAGUUUCUCUCUAUUUGAUCAAGAUAUGCAAACUAAUAAAAAUCCGAAAAGAUCAUUUAAUUGGAAUAAACUCACAACAUAUUUACUGUUCUUUCCUUUUAACACUUUUCUUUAAAACGCCCGGUCCCCACAAGAUGCUGUUAAAAACCAACUUCUAGCCCUGCAGAAAUUGUAAGCCAAGGGCCAGCUGCACAACAUAGUUUUGAUUCAAAGCACUUUUAGGCUUUAAUUUUAUUUUGGCAAUUUAUAGAAACAGUUCAAAACACACUUUUAGUUUAAAAAUAAGAUAUAACUGAUUAAACCAGACUUUUGUUCCCAUUUUGUGCACGUGUUUGUGCGAGGCAUCUAAAUGGGAUCACAGUGAGUUUCUUAAAAAAAGUUUCUAAAUUUGCUUCCUUAGAACAGUUUUAGAAACAUCUGCGACUAGCCCCAGGUCUGCAGUGAACAGAUGUGGAUGUGUGGACAGACAAAACAAGUAGAGAACUGUCUGGCUGGCCCUGUACUAAGGGAGGCUACCUACAACAGACCUGACGUGUUGCUAGACAGGGUUAGCUCCCCUGUCACUGGAAGAGAAUCAAACUGGCAACCCACCCAACUAAAUACAUAAAACCAAAACGGUUCAGCAAUGAUCACACAAUAAGUUGUGUGUUGUUUUUGGUAAAUUUUAUUGUGUAAGAAGCAGAAAAGUCCAAUCAUGUAGUCAUGCGUUAUGUUUGUACAAGGUGUUCGUUAUUAUGCUGUGUGUUCUAUUCAUUUUAUGAUCUAGUGCAAUUGCUUUUUUAGUAUACCUUAAUUCUUACUACUUGAAAGUAAUGGAGUAUAACAGCAGAUCUCAUUACUGAAGCCCCCUUCCUCCUUGUCAAGUUUCACAUGUGUAUGACCAUGAAAAACAAAUAACAUGUCGAUGGAUGGCGGUGGGUUAGCGGUGGGAAAGCCCGAAAUAUUAUUUAAGUGUUGUGAGGAGGGUGCAGUAAUUGUCUGUUAAUUUCCACACGUUUAAAUAAACAUCUGUAGCAAAA